AUGAACCCCUUCGUUCGGCUCGGUCGAUUCAUUCGACGACCAUCAUCUCCACCAAGAAUAUUCAAGUACUCCAACUUUCCCACACUGGACUCUGCCACGAAAAUCGAGGAACAACGAAUGCCUGCGUAUGAUCGGGGUCUUUAUUAUCCAGUCAAGCUUGGGGAUGUGUUUCACUCUAGAUACCAGGUUCUCAGCAAGUUGGGACAACAUCGGUACAUUGCACUGAAGAUUUACAUCAGCAGUUCCAAGGCGAAUCAGGAGGUGCGGGUACUGGAGCAUCUUUCAAGAAUAAAGACAGACCAUCCCGGCAGCAGUCUUGUCCGUAAAAUGAUAGAGAAGUUUGAACUCACAGGACCUAGCGGUAUUCAUCAGUGUAUUGUGUAUGAGCCGCUGUUAACGAGUCUUUUGCAUUUCCAAGCAACCUUGGAUCCCACGAGCCUUCCUGAGGACUUACUAAAGGGAGCACUACAGCAACUGUUACUUGCCCUUGAUUUUCUACACUCAGAAGCGCAUGUAAUACACGCUGAUAUACAGGCGAAGAAUAUUAUCAUUAGCGCAAAGGACGAUUCAAUUUUUCAUGAAUGGGCUGAUAAUGAGAAUAUCGACCCAAGCCCGCGAAAGGUCGAUGGCGACUACACUGUCUAUUUGUCCCGCCCAUUCCGUCGUAAGAAGGGAUGGAGCGGUUUUGGGAUGCCACUUCUCUCGGAUUUUGGGGAAGCUCGGCUAGGGAAUGUACACGAUGGAUUGAUCCAGCCAGAUAUUUAUCGUGCGCCUGAGGUCAUACUUGGAAUGAGCUGGACAUCAAAAGUUGAUAUAUGGAAUGUUGGGGUGUUGAUCUGGGACCUCUUUGAGGACCACCAUCUAUUUGAUGGCAGAGGGCCUGGCGGGAGUCAUUCGGACGCACAUCUUCUUGCCGAAAUGAUAGCGAUGCUGGGCCCUCCACCAUCGGAUUUUCUUCGCAAGUCUCCUCACAGCCUGAAGUACUGGGACCCCUCAGGACAAUGGACAGCCGCGGUAGAAGUACCACAUAACUCAUUGGAGGACUCGGAAGAGUAUCUCGAGGGCGAAAACAAGAAGAUGUUUAUGCAGUUCGUUAGAAAGAUGCUGCGAUGGGAUCCAGAGGAGAGGCAGAGCGCCCGUGAACUUCUCAUGGAUCCUUGGUUAACAACUCCGUAG